CAAACGCGUUCGCUUGGCCAGCGCGCUCGUCACUCCGCCGCAGCCCCCUCUCUCACUGCGCCCCCUCGCCAACGCUCUCCUACACGACCGUCGAGUGUGUGCGUGCGCCUGCCUACGUGUGUGCGAGUGUGUGUGUGUGUUAACAAAAUGUGAUUAGCAAAAAUACAAAGAAAUCAGGCAUUGUGGCUGAAACAACAGUCAACGGCAACAGCAGCGCACAUAAAUAAAAACAAAAUAUUAUAAUAAUACACGAAAAGAAGACAAGAGAAAAAAAUUAAAAACAGAAAUCUUAAAACAUAUACACGAAAUGCGAGAAUUUGCAUAAAAAGCAAUGCGCUGGCGCGGCAACAAAGCACGGCCGUAAAAAAACAAAUAACGCCAACGACAAUUCUGAAUUUUGUGCUUUAUCGGCAACAGCAGCAACAAUUAAAUUAAUAUUGAACUACACCCAGAGUUAACAAAAGUAGCAGCCAUAAAAACAGCACAACACAACAGCAAAGGCAGCAACAACAAAAGCGGCAACAGCAACAACAACAACAACCUGAACGUUGCCUACCUUUUUUACCUUUUCGAGUGUUUUUUGUUUUUGUUGCUGCUGCAAGAGAGAUACAGAUACAGAGAGGUCCGGAGAGCAGGAACCGCAGACAAAGAGAGCGCCAGAUCGGGCUUAACUCCGACUCCGACUCCGACUCCGACUCCGACUUCGCCUCGACCAGUUCCAGUUAACCGAUCCGCAGUGAUACUGAUAUGACCAGCUGUCUGCCAGCAGCCACAGAUGCAAUCCGCUGCCCCAGAUGAUGAAAAUUAACCAAUCCUGAUUGGGAGAAAUCUUCAAGAUGCACGAACUCUUCAACAAAGUGCUUGCCAAGCGCGAUCUCUCUCGAGCCGGAGACCUUUUCUCCGUGCCGGAUGCAGAUAUUGUAGACGAUAUCACGGAGGUGCUCUCCGAGAUUAGUCCCAUCAUCUCGCAUGCGGACUAUGUGAAGAACAACAAUGACCAGAGCGUGGUGGAGAUCUGUGUGACCAGGGUGCUCUCCUGCAUCCGGGAAACCCGCACUGCGGAGCGGUACUGUGCUGCUCUGGUGGAUCUCCUGAAGACCUGCCUGCUGUGGAACCUUCAACCCUCGGGAACCACCAAGGAAGAGCCACCCCACGCCAAGAUUGCCGCCGACAUCAUCUCCAGCAUUUUUCUGAACUAUGACAAAAAAGAACUGAUGAAAAUAGCCCUUCCCGUCGCCGUGCAGUUCCUUCCCAAAGGAAACCGUGAGCUUUCAAGAAACCUGGCCAGCUACUUAUCACUGGCAGCCAUUGAUCACGCCGGCCUGCUGAGUCCCCAUACGGAGUCCGUCAUGGAGUCGAUCCUGUCCGGUAACUACGGCCUCCUCCGAGUACUCUCCCAGGUCUACGAGGUGGCUCCGGAGGCGGUGACGCCUCAUGCCCCGCUUCUGAUGCCCCUGCUUCCGCAAUGUGAUCCCCAGGAGAGGAUGGCGGUGUUUCAAUUGUACCUACUGAUUGUGCAAAAUUCACCAGAGGUCCUAGAGUCGUGUGUUCCUCAGCUUUGUGGCUUCCUGCUGGACAGCGACACCUCCAGCAUCACCAUGCAGAUCUUGCUGAAGCUAUCACAGCACUCGCCCAAUCUUCUCGUCGACCACUUUGAGCAGCUGCGACUGGCGGCCAAAACGAAUCCGGGAACGAUACCACUUUGUGCCCAGAUCAUGACCAACGCUGGGAUCGGUAGCAAGGAGACGGCCCAGCAGGCUCUGGACUUUGUCCUGGAGCACCUGCCCACCCAGGCACUCCUGCAGCAGGAGGCCACUCGCCUCUGCUCCGCCUAUCCGGUUUUGUUCACCGACAAGGUCCUGGCCUGUGUGCGGCAGAAGAACGCUGCCCUCAGCUCUCAGCAGGAUGUGGGGGGAAAUGCCUUGGGCAACAAGACCUCCGGUGGUGUCACCAUCGUCAGCUUGAACAGCUCCAGUCCCAGUCCGCCGCUAAAGCCAGCUCCCAUUGCUGCACCCUCCGUCAAUACCACAAUCAUCCAGCCUCCCAGCGUGCCCAAUCCCAGUGCCACGCCCUCGGCACCUCCCGCCUCCGUCUCAGCGCCCAUUGCCACCUCCACGCCUGUGUCCGCCGCCACGCCCACUCCCCAGCAUGCGGGCUACACGCGGCGGGUGAAACUGGGGGAUUCGCGGAGCACUGGUCGCCUGCAUCCCGCCAGCAACACGCACCGGAGUGUGACCCGGUUGAAUGUGGCCACCGGAUCGGUGGGAGGACUCCACAAGAGCAUGACCCGGCUGAGCAACUCGCAGAUUAACCAGCAACCCGGAGGCAACUCCAACGGGAAUGUGGUGGUGCAAUCGGGAGCCACGCCGAAAACGCCCACUGCCUUCAGUAAUCCGCCCGUGACACCAGUGCCGCCUCUGAGCAACAACGUGGUCAUCACUGGGCACAACCGACAUGGCAUACCCGUGACAUCCGGCGGAGUGACUGUGACCACUUCGCCCUCGAAGGUGCGACCCCACUCCCAGGGACCCUCCACGCUGCUCAACUCGAGCACGGUGCUGAUGAAGUACAGCACGGAUGCACUGAAUCAGUCGGUGGGCUCGAUCUCCAUACCGCAGACCUCGACGGCGGCCAGUUUGCAGCCGGCGCAGACGCAGAAUGCGGUGUCCGUGCACCAUGCCUCGCCAGCGCUGCCCCAGUCCUCCAGCAAUGGUCAUGCCAAGUCGGUGAUGAAGCUGCCGGUUAAUGGAAAUAGCGAAGUGAUUGUCUCGGGACCCACCACCAAUGUGGCGCCCCGGCGCAGCGAUAACACCAGCAGGACCCUGCUGAACGCCAACAGUGUAAUGGACCAGCGGAUGAGCACCUUCGAGCCAUACCAGAUCAUGCGCGAUCCCGUGCAGCAAUUCUGCGAGAAGAACUUUAAUUCCAUCAAGUCCUAUAUGGACGAGGUAUCGCAGCACUUGCCGCCGCCCACACGGUGCAGCAUCGAGGUUUCCAAUGAAUUCGCAGAACGUCGGACCAAAAAGGUGGCCAAACUGCACUUUGCCUGCCAGAUUCGAGGACCCCAUUGCCUCUACUCCAAAACUUGCUUCACGAUGCGAACUCGGAACCCCAAGACCUGGAUACAUAUGAUGUUCCUGGACUUCCAAGUGCGGCAUUUUGUGAAGGAGAAGUGCGUCCUGAGCACGCGUGAGUCCGGCAUCAGCAAUCUCAAGAAUAUCUGGCAGAUACUCAAGUGCGAAAACCGCAGCUUCACCGAACUGGUCACCAGCCAGUUUCCUCAGGUCAAGGACCGCGAGAUACUGGUGAACGAGCUGCGCCACUCGGGCUUCCUGGACGUGUUCGAGGUCUCCAAGACGGACAAGUCCAACCCGAACUGCAACGAGCUGGAGUACCAGUGGGGCUGCUUCCUGUGCAACCAUCCGGAUAAGGCGGUGGGCUUCCUCAACGGCAGCAACCAGCCCAUGAUCGAGGGCCAGCUGAAGGAGAAGAAGGGCAAGUGGCGACUUUUCCGGCGCUGGCGAACGCGCUACUUCACGCUGUCCGGGGCACAUUUGUCCUGCAAGGGAUCGAGCGGCGGGGAAAGCAUCGAUGUGAAUCAGAUACGAUCGGUGAAGGUGUCUCGGGGCGCCCGCAACAUUCCCAAGGCCUUCGAGAUCUUCACCGCCGACCAGACACUAAUACUCAAGCCCAAGGACGGCAAGAACGCCGAGGAGUGGGUGCAGUGCCUCAGCAUCGUGGUGGCCCACUCGCAGGCCCGGGACAACCCCACGGCCAAAACGAAUAGCUUGCCGGCCCGCAGCAUGGGCAGCAGCAAGCCCUCCUUCUAGGACUCUUCUGGGAUGCGAAGCCAUUCCGAAUCAACCCCAUGUGAGAUUAUUUGUAAUGUAAAGACAGAGCAACGGCAACACACAAAAGACAAACAGACAAAGGAUCGGCGAUCUAUAUACACACACCAUAUAUAUACAACAUAGCAUUAUAUAUUUAUAUAGAUACCAUAGACUUAUCUAGCGUGUACUUACCAUUUCAAGGGAUUUCAAAAAUUUUGCGAAAUUGUUUUUUCAUUUAUAGUUGAUUUUUAUACAUAUGUAUUAGUUUAUGCUUAUUUAUUGUACGUGUAUUAAACAAACAGCUUGCUUUCGAA